UAUAUAUAUAUAUAUAUAUAUACAUAGAGAGAGCGAGGAUUUAUAUGUAUCUGUCGUUUCUGAAUCUCACUGUUUGAUAUAGCUUCUGUAUCCGGAUUUUGAAUUCCCCGUCAGAAUUUCGAUUUUUUUGGUUUUGCUUUUCAAUGGAGAAAAUUGAGGAAGGGCAUUUCCCUCCAAAGAAGGCUGAAUCGGAGGCGGCUAGCGUUCAGGUGGAAACGGAUAAUCCGGCAAAGAAGCUAGCGAGGCAGCUGGAUUUCACGGGUGGUGUACCGGGGCAAGCCCUCACGGUGUCUUUGCAGGAACAUGCUAACCAGAUUAUUCAACCGGAGGUAAUCAAGUCUAGUCAGUUAACAGUGUCCAUGAAGUCAACACAACUGAUAAGUCCACAGCCCCAAUUGCAGCAACAUAUACUGUUGAUGCCAAUGCAACAAGCUCCUGUCUUGCCUCCGCAGCCUUUAAUACGACCAUUGUCAAUGCAAAGUUCCAGUGAAGCAAAGGAUGGUACACCUAAAAAGCCAAAGCAGUGUAACUGUAAACAUUCUCGAUGUUUAAAGUUGUAUUGUGAAUGCUUUGCUUCUGGCAUUUUUUGUGAUGGGUGCAACUGUGCCAAUUGUCAUAAUAAUGUCGAAAAUGAAGCUUCUAGGCAAGAAGCUGUUGAAGCUACUCUAGAGCGUAAUCCAAAUGCAUUCAGACCUAAAAUCGCCAGCAGUCCCCAUGGAACUCGAGAGGAAAGGGAGGAAGCUGGGGAUGGCUUAGUACUGCCAAAGCAUAACAAAGGUUGCCACUGCAAGAAAUCAGGUUGCCUGAAGAAGUACUGUGAGUGCUUCCAAGCCAACAUUCUUUGCUCUGAAAACUGCAGAUGCAUGGACUGCAAAAAUUUUGAAGGAAAUGAAGAGAGGCAGGCACAUUUCCAUGGAGAUCAUGCCAACAACAUGGCAUAUCUCCAGCAGACAGCAAAUGUUGCUAUAACUGGUGCCAUUGGAUCCUCUGGUUAUGGAUCUCCUCCAGUGAAUAAGAAUAGAAAGAUUCAGGAGCUGUUCUCUGGGUCAAUGAUUAAAGACCCUGUUCAUAGGCUUGGUCAGUUUCAACAGGAAAACCAGAUUAAAGCUUCAGUUCCACCAUCUUUGUUGUCUUCCAUUCCUGGUACCCGUGUUAGUAAUGCAGCAGCAUUAGGCCCUCCAAAGCUUAACUACAGGUCUCUAUUAGCAGACAUAAUCCAGAACCAUGACAUCAAGGAGCUUUGUUCUGUUUUAAUUGUUUAUGCACAGGAAGCGGCCAAGAUACUUUCAGAUGAAAAAGAUGCUUCAUUAAAACAGGCCAAGCACCACAGAAAAGCUUCUUAUCCCUCCUCAGGUGUUGGGAAGGUUCUGCGUGAUGAUUGUUCAACAGGAAUCCAGGCUGAGAGUAUCAUGGUGGAUGAUUCUAGACUGGAUGGUGCUGAUGUAUCAGCAGAAAGGCCAAUAUCUCCGGGAACGUUAGCUCUCAUGUGCGAUGAACAGGAUACGACUUUUACUGCUGCUGCUGCUCCCCCUAAUGACCUAACAAGCCUAAGCAAUAAUACGUCUUCCCAACUGCCUCAUGGGCAAGGCAGGGCAGAGAUCUACCCAGAACUGGAGAGCAUUGUGUUGGCACAGACUCGUGAUUGUCUUAAAAAGCUGAUCACUUUAGGAGAAAUAAAAGAAAAAAAAUGUUCUUUAAUGGUGCGAGAUACCGAUUCAGGUAGACAAAACAAUGUGAGCAGCAAUGGUAUUGUCAAUACUGUUCCACCUCCUCCACCACCACAGCAGAAGGUUGACUCUGGAACUACUGCUGCUAAUACCACACGUCCUAAAGUUCAUCCCCCAGAUGGAAAAUAGGGACGUGAAAGAAAAAAUCUGAAAUAAACUGUAAAAAUUUUUAGAAUGAGAUUUAUCUAUAGACGCUGAGUCUUUGUAUUGUUGGGCUUUUCUUCUUUGGGUUUCUCUUUGAUGCUGUGACAAAGUAAUUUCAGGCCUCCCGUUAGAAGUAAGCAGCCCCACUUAUAUAACUUUUUGCUACAAUAUUUCCUUGGUAUAAGGAAGGUAAGGUACACAAAAUACCGUAUUUAGGUACAUGUUCAUUGAGAAACUUCGAAAAUGACUUGGCAUAAUUUGUACUCUAAAUCUGUCGCC